AUGCGCGUGUUCGUUUUAACGUGCCUGCUCAGCCUAGCGUUGGCUGCGCCGCAAGGAUACAACUAUCAGCAACAGCAGCAACAACAGCAGCUGCAACCGGGAAGCCUGCAGCUUCCGGCCAUACCGCAGAUUGCCAGCAUCGAUGGCCAGCAGCUGUUGCAGCAGGCGUUGCAGGCCCCCAAAGUACAGCAGGUGCUUUCGAGUGCAGGAGGCAGCUCCCUCAGCUACAAUUCUCAACAACAAUUGCCGUUCGGCCUGCAGCAACAAUCCAGCAACUUUGGUUACAACACCGGCGCUCAACAGGAGCAACAGCAAGCGCCGCCGAGUUACAAUGGCGGCGGUGGCCCCUCCCUGGUAUCAAAGGACAUAUAUGUGCACGUGCCACCACCAGACCAAGAGGAGGAGCAGCGCUAUGCUCAGCCCCAAUAUCCGAUUCCUCCACCACGCAAACACUAUCGAAUCGUCUUCAUAAAGGCGCCCACGCCUAGUGUAAGUAAGGCGUCCCUUCGAAUUAAACAGGCGCCCACCGAGGAGAAGACCAUUAUUUAUGUGCUGACCAAGAAGCCAGAUCCUGUGGAUCUGCAGGCCGCCUUCGAGCAGGCAGCUCCAAAGCCACCCAGCAAGCCGGAGGUCUUCUUCAUCAAGUACAAGACUCAGGAGGAGGCUGCACAUGCGCAGCGCACCAUUCAAGCUCAAUACGAUCAGCUAGGUGGCACUACACAGAUCUCUGACGAGGGCAUAGCGCCUGUUACCUCAGUGAUUGGCGUUUUGGACAACCAGCGCGCCUCUGGAUCUCUGAAUGCUGCCAGCAACGGAGCCGCUUUUGGUGUUGGAGGUGGUCAGGUGUCCAACCAAUACCUGCCCGCCAAUUUACGUGCCUAG